AUGAUUUUGUCCGACCUUCUUACCAAACCAGCGCAUUCCAUCAUCAACCAGUCGUUUGACUCGCGUUUACGACUAGACUUGCGCAACCCAAUCAACGGCGAUGGGUUUGGCGUCGGCUACUACACAGAACACCACGACCCCUGUGUGUUCAAAGCAAUCACGCCGGCGUGGAAUAACGUCAACUUGAACAACCUCUCCCGCUGCACCGAGUCGUCGCUUGUAUUUGGCCACGUUCGGGCCUCGACCCAGGGCGUGUUGUCCGAGACCAAUUGCCAUCCGUUUAGCUUUGGCAGAUUGAUGUUUAUGCACAACGGCGGGGUCUCCUGUUUCGAAAAGAUCAAAAAGAGACUCAUCAACUAUUUAAGAGACGACUAUUUCUUACUCAUCCAGGGCUCAACCGACUCUGAGUGCUGCUUUGCGCUUUUCCUCGACACACUAGAUAAGAUGGGGUAUGAUCCCCGGCUGAGGGAAACCAAAUUCUCCCACGUUGUAUUGAAGACUGCCAUUCUCAAGACUAUAGAACUUAUUAAAACUUGGCAAGUGCAGGAAACUUCCGAGCCUUCCUUGCUAAAUUUCGCAGCCACCGAUGGCGAGUCGGUCGUGGUAAGUCGUUACAUCACUUCCAAAACCGACGAAGCGGCAUCCUUGCAUUUCAGCACCGGGUCCAGGUUCUUUGAGUACCAGCCGGGUUUGUUCAAAAUGGAAAGACUCAAUAGGUCGCAAGAUGUCAUUUUCGUCGCGAGCGAACCUUUGACUUUUGAAAGAGGCGACUGGUUGUGCGUGCCCACAAAUACCUUGAUUACAAUAACAAACAAAAACACAGUGUUGAUGCACCCGAUCGAGGAUGAGUUCUACGAUGGUGGUCUUGUGGAGAGAUCUUCCGGAUUGGCAAUGAGCAAGGGACUUAUUGGCGGAGUGCCCAAGGAGGACACCACCAACUCUCCUCUCGUGAAUGGCGAAGCUUCAAACGGAGUGCUGUUACAACAACUGCAACAACAACUGCAACUGCAACUGCAACUGCAACAACAGUUGCAACAGUUACAACAACAGCUACAGCAACAAGUACCGCCAUUGGAAAGAGAAGGCCGCGCCAAUUUCAAAACAGCUGCUCUCGUUGAUUAUUAA